AUGGAGGACUUGGACGCAACACUUCGAUUGGACGAAGAUGUUCAUCGUGAUCACGUUCGUGUGGCAGGUGAAUUCUUAGGAUCGGAUGUGAACAAACACGCGAUCGAAAAGAUGUUACGAUCGAAUGAACGUAGGUUGAUCGUAAACAUUGAUGAAGUUCGUUCAUUCAAUCGUGAUUUUGCAACUGGUAUCUUGGAUGAACCAAAUGAAUACAUACCCGCUUUCGAAGAAGCUUUACGUGAACGAAUCUUAACACUUGCCGAUCCUAUCAAACAUGCACAAAUUCAUGAUAAACCAUUUUAUAUUGGAUUACGUGGUAGUUUCGGUGAUCAUCACGUCAAUCCAAGAACGAUGAGAAGUGUUCAUUUGGGCAAAAUGAUGAGUUUAGAAGGUAUCGUUACCAGAUGCUCUCUCGUUCGUCCAAAGGUUUUACGUUCCGUUCAUUAUUGUGAGGACACACAAAACUUUCACGCAAGAGAAUAUCGCGAUGCAACAAUGUAUGGCACACACCCACCCACUUCAAACGCAUACCCAACAGAUGAUGGAGACAAUCACCCACUCAUGACCGAGUACGGCUUGAGCACGUUCAGAGAUCAUCAAAUGAUCUGCAUUCAAGAAAUGCCAGAACGUGCUCCCCCAGGUCAAUUGCCCAGAUCGGUUGAAGUUGUGAUGGAUGACGAUUUGGUAGACAGAUGCAAGCCAGGAGAUCGUAUUCAAUUGGUAGGAAUGUAUAAAAGCAUGGGCAAUCGUGUCGGACAAAGUACUUCAUCCACUUUCCGUACCUUGAUGGUAGGAAACAAUUUGAAUUUACUCUCUUCCAAGGCUGGUGGUGGUAUUGCUGCUUCUCAAAUUACAGAUACAGACAUCAGACAUAUCAACAAGGUAGCAAAACGCAAGAAUGUUUUUGAUCUUUUAUGGCAAUCCUUAGCUCCAUCUAUCUAUGGUCAUGAUUACAUCAAAAAGGCAAUCCUUCUCUUACUGCUCGGUGGACAAGAAAAGAACUUACCAAAUGGAACCCAUAUUCGUGGAGACAUUAACGUACUCAUGGUCGGUGAUCCAAGUACGGCCAAAUCGCAAAUGUUACGUUUCGUGUUGAACACUGCACCUUUGGCAAUCGCAACCACCGGUCGUGGAUCGAGUGGUGUUGGUUUGACGGCAGCUGUGACGAGUGAUAAAGAAACCGGUGAACGUAGAUUAGAAGCUGGAGCAAUGGUUUUGGCAGAUCGUGGUGUGGUUUGCAUUGAUGAAUUUGAUAAAAUGUCAGAUGUUGACAGAGUUGCAAUUCAUGAAGUAAUGGAACAACAAACAGUCACAAUUGCAAAAGCAGGUAUUCAUACCAGUUUAAACGCUCGUUGCAGUGUCGUCGCUGCUGCUAAUCCGAUUUAUGGACAAUAUGACGUUCACAAAGAUCCUCAUCGGAAUAUCGCUUUACCGGAUUCAUUGUUGUCUCGUUUCGAUUUAUUGUUCGUCGUGACGGAUGAUGUUGAUGAACAACGUGAUCGAACAGUUUCAGAGCACGUUUUGCGUAUGCACAGAUAUCUGCAACCUGGAUUGGAGGAAGGUCAACCUGCCCGUGAUACAUUGGAUCAAGUGUUGGAUGUCGGAGAUGGAAAUGCAGAACAAUCUGAUGCUCUCCUCGGUGAAGUGAGUCCGUUUGAAAAGUUCAAUCCUCUUUUACACGCCGGUAUCGCAGCAACACAAGCAGCAAGUGGAAGAAAGAAACAAAUGGAACAAGUUUUGAGUAUCGCAUUCGUAAAGAAAUACAUUCAAUAUGCCAAACAACGUAUUCAACCCGUUCUUACCAAAGCAGCAACUGAAUGGAUCGUAAACGUUUACUCUAAUUUACGUAACGAUGAAAUGCGUGGAAAUCAAAGAAGGACAAGUCCGCUUACUGCACGUACUUUGGAAACUUUGAUUCGUUUAGCAACCGCACAUGCAAAAGCACGUUUAAGUGCGGUCGUAGAAGAAAAGGAUGCAGAAAUGGCUGAGGAGAUCUUACGAUUUGCGUUAUUCAAAGAAGUGAUUAAUGUACGUAAAAGUCAUAAGAAACGUAGAACGGCAACCGGAAGUAGAAGUCCGGAUGGCGAAUCAAGCGAAGAUGAAGAUGAGCAAGAAGAAGAUGCAGAAGAUAGAGCAGCAAUGCGUGCAUUUGAAAAACAAGCAACUCCACCGCCAUAUAAGGGAACAGGCGCAUACGGUACUCGUAGUGCCAGUAAAGGCAAAGCAAGAUUUGAUCCAAACGGUGAUCAAGGUAUGAUGGAUGAAGAUGAAGACGAAGAUGCACUAGAGGCUAUGCGAGACGUUGACGGGGAACGAACACAAAUGCCAUCUGCAACACCUUCUCCUUCUGCACCCGCUCACAUUACUGCACAAACAUACGAAUUCACAUCGGAUCGUUUGGCCGAUUUCCGUAUGCGAAUGGCCAAUGCUAUGGGACCGAACGGUGCAUUAGCAGAAGAAGAAGUGAUGAGUAUGGACGUUUUGUUGCCCUUGCUCAAUGAAGGUGUUCGUGUUAGUGAUUUGUAUGAUCUUAAUGAAGCAAGAGCUGCUCUAUCACGCAUGCAUGAAGACAACGAGAUAAUGUUGGCAGGUGAUACAAUCUACCGUCUAUAGUCGCUGUCUAUUUCUCAUUUGGAUCCAAUCUGUAUUUUGUAGUAUCUUCCUUGCUGUUCUCUGUUUUUAAU